AUGGCCUUGUCGAGCCCCUAUCAAAACGGCGCGGCAGCUCGUGUCGUGCAUGGGGUGCGCCGGAUUCUGUCGAAAUGGGACGACUUCAUCCUACAGCCUCAAAAGGGCGAACUCGUGCAUCUAGGGAGAACGAACCCUGGCCCGGGUGUGCUUCCGUUGUUCAUGGUCAAGCUGUUUUCGAGAAAGAUCGACCAGGUGGCGGAGGGAGCAGGUGUGGGAGGGGGUGCCGACCACGAGGGAGGAGGCGAGAAGACGGGACGCGUCGUGAUUGAGUACAGCGGCGAGGAGGAGGAGGAGAUCAAGGAGGAUACAUCAAGGCAGGCUCAGCACGGGGCGAGCGGCCCGGGCGGCGAUGCGAACCAGGACGAGGACUCGAGCUCGAGAUCGAGCUCCGGCUCGAGCUCGAGCGAUGAGUCGGUUGAGGACGACAGCGAGGGCGCCGGACAUAGAACGGACCGUACGGGGGAGCACGGAGUGGCGCUCGGGGAGCGGGUGGACGAGCGAGUAGAGCUUAUCGAGCAGCAGGCGACAGGGGAAACUAAGGCUGUCGAGGAGCAGGAGGGCGGAGCGGCUGCGCAGGAGGGUGGGGUCGGAGGGCAGCAGCAGGUGGUGGGCGAGGCGGCUGCGCAGGAGGGCGGGUGCGCCGAGGCUGUGAAGGGUGUCACGGCGGAGAGGAACCUGUUGGAAGGGGUGCGGGCAAAGAUCGAUGAGAUGAGCGAGAAGAUCAUCGAGGGGGUGGCAGCCGCCAUCACAAAAGCGAGCGAGGACGCCGUCGAGAAGCAGCUCAAGCAGGUCGAGGAGCGGCUGGUUGCUGCGGUGCUGAAGGGUUUCGAGAAAGCCAUCAUGGAGGACAUGUUCUGCUCCACCCUCCCACCCGAGACCAUGAAGGAGCUGAAGGACAUUGUGAGGGAAGGCUACCAUGAAGCCAAAGCAGGGAGGUUGGAAGUCCUCACCGAAGUGAUGGCGAGAGGUUUUCAGCGCUCGGCGGGCCCGUCGACGAGGUCGCGUCAAGAGGGUGUGGGAGGGGUUCGAAGCGGGGCUGAGCCUCGAGGUCACGAGCGGUCGGUUCCUCCGUCUUCUUCGGUGGGAGGACAUGUCGGCAGCCCGGUUGGAUCCCCACCGGCGCGUGGCCGUCAUCCCGUCACCAAGCCCGUCGAGGAAGUCAUCGUACUCGACCAGUCGGCCCUCCCGAAGACCUCCGUAGCGCCUCCGAUCGAUCCACCUGAUGCGUUUGCUUUGAUGCGGGACAUGCUGCAAGGCCUGGGGAAAACGGGUGGGAAAGGAGUGGUCGCGGGGCAGAAAAGUGGUGCCCCGAACGAGCACGUCGCCUCGACCGGGAACAUAGCCCUAGGAAUGCGAGGUGCCUCUACCCCGUCAGGCGGCGGUGCGGGGAAAGGAGCGGGAGAAGGAAGCGCUGGGUUGCUGUCGAAGACUAAAGCGGCAUCAGCUGCGCACGGCGGUGGUGCUGGCCUUGCUGUCGGGCUUGUGGGAAAUUGGGCGUCUCCCUCAACCCCUCCAGUUGCUCCUGUCGCCGCUGCUUCGUCCCUAGGCAACGUUUGCCUUAGCGAUCCGGGCUCCCCUUCAACGUCGAAGAAGAAGCCAGCUGCGACGAAGUCGUCGAAGCGCGCUGCACACGCGACAAAGAGCCUUGACGUGGUGGAGCUGGUGAGCGUCCCUGGUCAGGCGCCUGUCGAGAAGACCUCUAUUGUCGUUGCUGCUCGACAGGAAAAGGCGAAGAAGGCCAGGGUCACGGGUCACACCCCACCUCCUCGACCAGACGACCAAGGCAAGACGAGAGGCUGCAAACGUCCCUUCAAAGGACCGGGUUUCAGGUUGCGGAAGGGGAAGCCGGUUUCCGAGCAGACCGUCGGCGGGAGGAAGCGGUUCCUUGGCACUUUUGAAACAGAGAAGGACCAGAAGUUCUGUACGGCCGUCUGCUGGCGCGUGUACUUCCCCGACGUUGUCCUUACGGAGUACGAAGGGUACACGGCGCAGGAUGAGGAGGACUGGAAGGUCUACCUCGAUGCGGCCGCAGAAAUGCCAACCGGCGUCCCGAAGGGCAUGGCGGCGACACCGCACAUGAUGGCCAUGGCAGCAACUGUGGCGAGCUUGUGGGCGGCCUGCAGGAAGUUGUCGAGGGAGGAUAUUAAGAAGGAUGCCCUAGCUGCCGCAAACGCGGCGAUCUACGCCCCGGAGACUGCAAAGAAGGCUUGUGUGGCUGCCAUGUCCGCACUCGUGUCCAUACUUUUGCACGGCGGCAAGACGUUCCCGGCGAAGCAGUGGCCCGAUCACGUGUAUUCGUCGGCUGUCGAAGGUCUCGGCUCGACGGACGCCAUACUGCUGCAGAUGCUGCGUGUGGCAGCACAGGUCUGUACGCAAUGGUGCUGCUGUCGAGCUGCUGCCCGCUUGCUGGAGGACGCGGGCUAUGGCAGCCUGGCUAUGCCAGAAGAAAAGAGCAAGGCGAAGCAGGGCGACGAGGAUGCAGCUGAGACGGAAACGGGCGGGCAAGGGGAGUAG